CAGUCUCUGAGUCAGAGAUUUAUCACACUGCUCAUAUUCGCCAUUAGAACUCCUCUCUCAAGCAUGGAGCUGUAAUUUGGUUCUUUUCUUCACCUUAUUUAUCUCUGCACUGUAAACUCUGCACUCGGAAGGACAACUAGGGAACAUGUUUUUAUUAUAUGUUAGUGGAUGAUGGUUUCCUCCACAGUAAUAUGCUGCACUCCCAGGUUCAGAAGCAGUGAUGUCAGCUGAGCCACCAGCUCGUCUACAUAACUGACAUUUACAAGAAACAACUUCCAGCGUCGUUGAUGGACAGAACAUUCUGUGUAAAAGUGUUCGUUUCUGCUGCACAGCGCUUCCUCCAGACCACAGACAGCAAGGGCAAUGAACAGAGAACUGAUCGGCAUUUUUUGUGUUUAUUGUGUGAUGGCUAAUUGUUCAGAUAGACAAAGUUUCACACAGAAGGGAAUUAUACUCAAAAACAAAUUGGACAGAAUGGAGCUAGUGUGAGAUUUAAAGGGCUUGUGUAGAGGGUGAAGGCUCCUUGAUUCUGAUGAUGGGCUGCGUGGAUCUGGUUGGAGCUGAAGCUCCUCUCGAAGCCUGUAGGUUACUCACACUGCACAGAGAGGUCUUAGUGGAACAGAUAAAAAAUACACAGUGCAUUUUAGACAAUCUGAAGAUGAAUGGCUUCCUCUGCAAUGAAGACACAGAGAUCAUCCAGCGUUCAGCCACUAAAACAGAGCAGGUACGUAAAAUCUUGGAGUUGGUGCAGUGUAAAGGUGAAGAGGCCUCUGCGUAUUUUAUUAACAUCCUGCACCAAGCAUAUGAUGCAUUCAUCGACCUUCGUCCUUGGUUUGACACGAUUCACUACAAACCUGCUGAGUGUGUGAGGGACAUACCUGUGAUUAACACCGACCCCAUUAGCAGAUACAGUGAGAAACUCAGGCAGGAACUCAGCAGAGAUACUCAGUUCCUCACUUCAUAUUCUCAGAAAGAGGAGACGCGACUGGAGGAGCUGUACACAGACACACAGAUGGAAAUUCUCAGUGAGCUAGGAGAGAGUCUGGGCUUCCUGAAGAGUCUGGAUGAAAUUCUGUGUGAUUACGGUGUGUUUAACGAGCAGGCUGAAACCAUCUUAAUCACGGGUGAUGCUGGAGUGGGAAAAUCCAUUCUGCUCCAGAAACUCCAGAACCUGUGGUCCAAAAGAGAGCUGAAAACCAGAGCAAAAUUCCUCUUUAAAUUCAGAUGCAGGAUGUUCAGCACCUUUAAGGAGACCGAUGAGAUCUCAGUGAAGGACCUGAUAUUCAAAUAUAACUGUUAUCCGGAUGGAGACCCGGACAGUGAGGUGUUCAGCUACAUGCUACGAUUUCCAGAGUCUAUACUGUUCACGUUUGAUGGAUAUGAUGAAAUCCAGAUGAACUUUGAUUUAGAAAACAUGCCUGAGGUGGUUUCUCCUGAGGAAAAAACUCACCCGCUUUUAGUUCUCAUAAACCUGCUGAGAGGAAAAUUGCUCACUGGAUCCCAGAAAAUUUUAACGGCUCGAACUGGCACAGAAAUCCAGAGCAGAGUGAUCCGGAAGAAAGUGUUUCUGAGAGGUUUCUCACCAGAACAUCUCAGACAAUACAUGUCUCAUCAUUUUCCUGUGCAGGAGCAGAGGGACAUGGUGUCUCUUCAGCUGGACGCAAACCCCCACCUCUGUGGUCUCUGCUCUUUCCCAUUAUUCAGUUGGAUUAUUUUCAAGAGCUUUAAGCACCUUCAGAGUGUGUAUGAAGAUGUUGAGCUGCCGGACUCCUGCAUUACUCUUACUAACAUCUUCCUCCUGCUAUCGGAGGUGUUCUUAAGCCGGAGCAGUAAGAGUGCUGGACCCCUGAGGAGAAGCACACGCUGUACCACAGAAGCAUUUAAAUCAGGGCUGAAGAUGCUCUCUGCUUUUGCUAAGCUUGCAUUGCUGGGUCUGGAAAAGAACAGCUUCACUUACACCCAUAAUGAGAUUUCAUCCUGUGGCCUGAAUGAUGAUGACAUUCAGGUGGGAUUUUUGAGACCCGUCAGUCACUACGACGCAUGUGGCACUUCAGCAGCAUACGAGUUCCUCCAUGUCACACUACAGGCAUUCCUGGCUGCAUUUUCUCUUGUCUUGGAUCCAUAUGUCCUUCCCUAUGAGAUCCUGAGGUUCUUUUCCAAGUGUGAGUACCAUCAAUCAUCCCAUAUGACUUUCCUCUCCUGUUUGGGAAUGUCGUCUCAUCUGAGGAAUUCAGAUCCCUUUCAGACGAAUGAACACUUUCAGUUCACAAACCUGUUCCUGUGUGGUCUGCUGUCCAAAUCCAACGCUGUCCUCCUGGAGCACCUCGUCCCUCCAGCAUCACUGCAGAAAAAGCGAAAGGCUUUGAAGUCCUACCUUUCUACCAGCAUAAAAACGCAUUUGAGCGGCUUGCCUCGCCACCCAAGCAGCGACAUAAAGGGAAAUAAAGUGCAUGUGAUGCCAAACUUCCUGUGGAUGCUGCGCUGUAUAUUUGAGACACACAGCGAGGAUGUGGCUCGUCUGACAGCUAAAGGAAUCUCGGCAGAUUACCUCAAACUGGCAUACUGUAACAUCUACUCAGCCGACUGCAGCGCACUCAACUUUGUCCUUCAUCACCACAGGAAGUAUCUAGCAGUCGAUCUGGACAACAACAACAUUAGUGACUAUGGUGUGAAGCAGCUUACUCCUUUAUUCAGCAAAAUGACUGUAGUCAGGUUAUGUGUGAAUCAGCUGACUGACAGCAGCGUGGAGGUUUUGGCCACAGAACUUAUCAAACACAAAAUCAUUAAAGUUUUGGGACUUUACAAGAAUCACAUCACAGACGUUGGAGCCAAACUGAUAGCACAGAUAAUCGCAGUGUGUCCUCACCUCAGAAUCGUCAAACUCGGCUAUAAUCACAUCACCGCGGUCGGUGCGACAUUUCUUGCUGAAGCUAUUCGGAAAAGCAAAUCGAUCUUUGAAAUUGGCAUGUGGGGGAACAGCAUCGGGGAUGACGGCGCUCACGCUUUCGCCGAGGCAAUAAAGAACCACAGCAGCUUAACGAAUCUCAGUCUGUCGGCAAACGGGAUCACGUCUGAGGGAGGAACGAGUUUAGCCAGAGCACUAACGCUAAAUUCCAGCCUUCACAUCUUUUGGCUGAUUCAAAACAAGAUCUCGGACAACGCAGCAGUGGAGUUAGCCAAAGCAUUUCAGAAGAAUUCAGCGCUCACACACCUCAUGUUAAUUGACAAUCAGUUUUCUGCUGGUGGAGUUGAGCAGCUCGCCGAAGGUCUGAAACACAACAGAAUAAUUAAAGAAGUCAAUUUAAAGGGGAAUCAGAUCAGUAAAGAGGACGAGACUCGCUUCAGUGAGGAGAAAAGACUUCGCUUCUGCUGAGACGAUUGAGACGAAGACGAUUGAGACGAAGCGUAGCAGAAUGUUGGCUCUAAGCGUUGUGGCUCUUUGGACAAGCUCUGUGGCGGUCAGAUGAUGAUGUAACGUUUACAAAGCUACUGAUAAAACUGUGCAGAAGCUGCAUUGAAUGUACUCGUGAUACAGUAGCGAUGUGAAGUGUGUUUAUUAAGACUCAGAAGUUUCCUCUAUGUUCUUGUACAGAAAAGAAAAUUGAAACUAAAUGUCUUACUGCAUUGAAAUACUUUAUUUCAGUUAAAACAACAGUGAACAUUUACAGAUGGACAUAAUAGUAAUGACAUCACACAGUUUAUAAGGAGGUGUAGCUUGGGCCAAACCCUGAAGAGAAAAGUUUCAUUAUGAGUACAUAAUAUUUAUCUCCAUGAGAUAUCCAAGACACAUCUCACACACACUCCCUACUCUGUGUGAGAGACAAUGAAAGUUCUAACUUCAUGUUGAUGUGUUUUUAUAUUGUUUCAUUUCCCUUUUUUCUUGCUGAUUGUGAGUGUGACGGAUGUGACGAUGCCUCGUGGGAUCAUGUUAUGGGAUGAAGGUUGCAUUUUCCUUGACAUGCCAUAUAAGAAAACUGCAGUUUACUUUGUUUUGUUUGUUUUUCUGUGUCUUUGUGUGUUUUUAUAAUCAUAUAUUCAUUUUGGAACUGAAAUAAAAACAUUUUAUUGCUCCUCUUGACAGAAGUACAUUUUAAACUAAAUCUGUACAGCAAUGCAUUCUGGGUAAAUGAGUACGCCCUUAAAGUCCACAAUGCCUCAUUUAGCUUACACUAUUAAGCUAAUAAAGCGAUAAGUACACAAUCACAGGGAAGAGAAGACACAAGCAUUAGAACCCUCACUGAAACCUGCACUACUGUAGUAUUUUUUGCUCACAUUUCUUCAGGAAGUCAUUUUCUAGAGAGCGAGAGUUUGUGUUGAGUUUGUAAAGAGUGAGAUGUUAAAUAAUCCACUGUUGUGUAACUGACCAGCUUCCUGUUUACUCCUAAAUAAAGACACAUACUGAGGGGUGUAUGAGA